AUGUCGCUCCCAAUCAUUCGUCUGCGCACUGUAAACUCGAAUCAUGCAACGGCGGCGGAUGAUCCCGUCACGGCCUCUUGCACGCUGUACGGUUUUCUUCGCUCCGUUCCCAGUCGUUUCGAAUGCGACAUGGCGAUGAGUGACUUCAAGCGCGGCGUCCAGGCGGCGCAGGGGCAAACAUGCUUAACGAAAAACAACGACAAUAUGCUGAACCUUGUCUUUUCCUCUGUGCAGGACCGUCUUUUGCGAGAACUACCGAAAAUUAUUCCUCAGCUGGCGAGGAAUUCGUCGACAUGGCGAAGACUGCUGAGUGGAGCGGAGUCCACGAGCUCCAUGAAUAGCACGCCGACGGCUACGCGGUUGCAGGAUAAUGCACGCAGUCUGCGCAUUGAAGAGAGCGCACAGCCGUCGAUACCAUCGACCCCCUUGCCAUCCGCAGGCACCGGUGAAAAUGGAAACAAAGGGAACCACAAGAAUGGUGAUCAUCAUAGUAGAGCUGAGGAGAUUUUGGUGGAAGAAACAGUUUCCACGACCUCCACACGGUUCAAAAGUCCGUACGAGCAAAUACCACCGCCCAUUCACUUAACGGCGUCCGAGCAUAAAGAAAGCCGGGCAACUGGAGGGAUGCAAGGGGAGACGGGGGAGGGGAAAGAUGCCAGCACGAUUGUUGAGCACCGUGGCAAGGGGAACAACUUCACUGGAAAAAGUUACCGGCCGCAUCCACUGCUUCUUGCCAUCUUGGAGCGUGUCCGGUCAUCCUGCUCGGCGGAAGAGAAUGAGAGCGAUAGAGAAGAGCGUGAGUUUACCACCAUUAUGGAGUCGAGGGAAAAAGCGCUCCGCACCAAGCUAUCAAGUGCAUACUCCAUGAUUCCACCAGAAGAAAAGAAUUGUAUGGGCUUCUUGCGGGAUAUGGAAGCACGUGUCGCUGUUGCACAAAAACUCUUUGAGGUGCAGAAGUUUGAGGAGACGACGAUCCGGAUGACCGAGUGUGCGCUGAAGAUAGAAGUAGCGACGAUGCGGGCGCUUCUUCAUCAGAUUGUGGACGCCGUCGCGGAGGCAGAGGAACGUCAUGAGCGGGAAGGCCCUCGCAGUCCCUACUACGCAGAGGAGUGUCACGUCAUGGCAGCAAUUCAGCAAGCCCUGGAUGAUUUGGCUUCAUAA